AUGGAGGAGUGCUGGGACCAGGAUGCGGAGGCUCGCCUCUCGGCGCACUGCGUGGAGGAGCGUCUGGCGCAGCUGCGGACCGACCCGGGGCUGCCUGUGUCGCUGGCCAUGAGAACUCCGAUGGGCUUCUCCCCGCUGCUGCUGGGACUCUGCGCCACGGCACAGCUGGGGGCAGUCGCCAGCGACUCUUGGUGGUCGCUGGCAUUGUGGACACCCCGGGUCGACCCCUCCACGCAUCCGCUGCUGUUGUGCAGCACGUCGCCGGGGCUGUCCCCCACACAGCGCCAAAUAUGCCAGAAGCAGCCGCACUUCAUGAAGCUCGUGGCCGAGGGUGUCCAGCUGGCGAUUGCCGAGUAUCGGCACCAGUUCCAGGCCAAGCGGUCGAACUGGACCACGGAGAAUGGGCUCGUCCCUAUUCCUCGGUCGGGCUCUCGCGAGACCGCCUUCUUCUCCGCCCUCGCCGCCGCGGGAGUGGUGCACGCGGUGGCGCGCGCCUGCUACACCCCGCAGGUGAUCCGCGACAGCUGCACCUGGACCUAUGACCCCUUGCUGCACCCCAGAGGUAACAUCGAGUACGGAGCCCAUUUCGCCAAGGUGUUUGUGGACGCGAGUGUCCACGACCGCUGGAGGCGAGGGGGACAACGCAAGUCUUUGGCGAAACUCGUGCAGAUGGAUUUGCACAACUACGAAGUUGGUCGCGUGGUGAUGGAAGAACUGUUGUACUACUGCGGUUGCGACAACAGAACCGGUGAAUGCGACAGAGUCUGCCUGCCGCUGCGCGAAGACUUUCGCGACGUUGGCGACUUUCUGAACGUGAGCUCACGGCUGCCGGGAAAGUACGACAGAAGUUCCGCCAUGCGGCUGGUGAGGGACAACAGGAGCGGUGGAAGUGGCGGCGCCGCCCGCUGGCGUCUGGAGCCGGUGAACGAGUGGUUGACGGCGCCCUCGGAGUAUGACCUGGUCCACGUGAGCGCCAGCCCGGAGUACUGCGUCCGUGGCAGCACCAGCGGAGCGGUGGGGAGGCAGCGCUGCAACGACACCGAGGCAGCCGAGGAAUGCACCGUCACAUGCUGCGACAGAGGAUACGACAUCUCCCAAGUCACGGUGGAGAUGCAGUGCGGGUGCAAGGAACAGCUCAAGGAGAACGUCAAGUGCAAGCUUUGCCCGUGGACCGUCGAUCAAUUCGCUUGCAAGUAG